AUGGAGACUACUUCUAGACUGAUUGAAUCCCCAAAUGCCCCUCCGAGCCCGUGUGCGGAACUGGAUGCUUCGUCCGCCUACCGGAUCAAUGCAGAUGUGCUGAACCGCGCCAUCCAGGAAAUAGGGAUGGGACGAUAUCAAUGGCAACUAUUUGGAGUCAUCGGGUUUGGCUGGGCGUGCGAUAAUCUCUGGCCGAUCGUAACAUCGCUGAUCCUCGUCCCAGUGACUUACGAAUUUGGUGUCUCGCAGCCUCCUCUCCUUACGCUCUGGCAAAACAUUGGACUCUUAGUCGGUGCAGUAUUCUGGGGAUUCGGCUGCGACCUGUUCGGGCGAAAGAUAGCCUUCAACCUGACCAUUGGCAUCACAGCUGCUUUUAGUUUGGUCGCCGCAUGGUCGCCCUCCUUCGCUGCGGUCAGCACCUUCACUGCUCUCUGGUCGAUCGGAGUGGGAGGCAAUCUGCCCGUGGACUCUGCCAUCUUUCUCGAAUUCCUGCCCGGGUCUCACCAGUACCUUCUUACUGUCUUGUCUAUUAACUGGGCCCUUGCACAGUUGGUUGCCAAUCUGGUAGCAUGGCCGUUAAUAGGCAAUCUUACCUGCUCUUCCGCUGAUGACUGUCCACGGUCAAGCAAUAUGGGCUGGCGGUACUUUCUCGUCAUCAUGGGAGGGUCAGCUCUCGCAAUGUUUGUGAUACGGAUUUUCUUCUUUACGCUCUUCGAGUCGCCCAAAUAUCUCAUGGGCCAAGGGGAUCACUAUCAAGCCGUGACAGUCAUCCACGAAGUAGCCCAGCGCAACGGCAAAACCUCAACCCUAACGAUAGACGAGCUGCAUGAACCCUCCGAAGGACCCAACCACACUCCGCACCAUCGCGGGCUAAGCUUCCUCGACCGGGUGACAUUACGACUCGAACCCCUUGCUCUCACUCGCUUGCAUGCUCUCUUCUCGACCCGCCGUCGGGCCUGGACAACGGGCCUGAUGAUCGCUAUCUGGGGGUUAAUCGGUCUAGCAUUCCCGCUAUACAACGCCUUCCUACCUUUUCUCCAGAACGCACGCGGAAUCGAGUUCGGUGACGGCUCGACAUCCCUCACCUACCGCAACUCGCUCCUCAUCGCGCUGGCCGGGGUCCCAGGCAGCCUCGUCGGCGGGGUAAUGGUCGAGAUGCCCCAGUUCGGGCGCAAGGGCACGCUGGCAAUGGCAACCAUCGCGACGGGGGCAUUUCUCCUGGCCUCCACGACAGCAACAACAUCGCGGGCCUUGCUAGGAUGGAACUGCGCGUACGGAUUCACCAGCAGUCUUCUCUACGCGGUGCUGUACGCGUACACGCCUGAGAUCUUCGAAACCAAGAACCGGGGGACGGGGAAUGCGCUGGUCAGCGCCGCGAACCGCAUCGGGGGGAUUCUGGCGCCCGUCAUUGCAUUGGUGGCCGAUCUGCAGACUACUGUGCCGGUGUACUUGAGCGGAGUGAUGUUUCUGGUGGCAGGGGGGUUAGUGAUGAUGGUUCCGUACGAGACUCGAGGACGAGCAAGCGUGUAA